UUGGGGUGGCGCAUUGGUGUUAAUGUUUAACCGCUGGUGCCUGCCGCGGGCAGCGGCAGUGACGGGCAGUGGCGGCGGGCAGUGGCCAAGGGAUGCCGCGGCGAGCCCCGGGGCCGUGUCCCGCCAUGAGACGGGCAGCUUGAGGCUUCUCCUGCAGCGGGGCUCAGCCCGGAGGCGGGGAAGCGGAGCAUCCACCGGAUGCGCCAUGGGGACCCCCAACACCCCCAAGCUACUGGGAGCCGCUGGCCGAGCCCACCUGCCCCGCCGGGGAGCCGGGGCAGCCAGUAUGGUGUGGUGGCCACGCAGCCUCACCCCCACCCCUUGCGUCCUGAAGCCUCCGCCAGCCCGAGCCAAGCGCGUCACCUUUGAGGACGAGGUGAUGCCAUCGGGGAGACCCCCGCGGAGGGACCCCCCCACUGCAGAUGGGGAGAAGCUGGUGGCCGGGUCUGUUCACCCUGGGCUGGCACCCUGGCCACGCGCUGUCCCGGACUAUGUGGUAAAGUACCCGGCCAUCCGGAGCCCCCGGCAGCGGGAGGGGUACAAGGGCGUCUUCCAGGACCAGCUGGCGGAGUACACUGAGCUGCUCGGGGACGUCCGCGCCACGCGACGGAGGCUCGGGGAGCUGGAGGCGGCGAUGGGCCGGCUGCCCCGGCACGCCACGAGCAGGACGGAUUCGGCCUUCCUGGGGAAGCAGCAGCGCUGUGAAUACCUGAAGGAGAAGCUGACGCACAUCAAGGCGCGGAUCCAGGAGUACGACCGUGACGCCCACGACAGUGCUGUCUUCUGAGCCUGAGCACCAGCCGGCACGGACACCGUGGGAUGAUGACCCCAGGGGGGGACCCCAGGGGCUGGGUGCUGGGGAGGGGGUGGCAAUGCCGCAGGGGUGCACCUGGCGCCCACCCAGCCAUUGCACCCACCCAGGCAUGGUGAGCCACAGGCUCCUCAAGCUGCUGGUUUUGGGGUCCCCUGGGUGCUCUGUACCCCAGGGAGCCUUGUGGGCCCAGGUGGUAGGUGGGUGCUGCCGGUCCCUGUGUGGGAGCCAGGCCCUGGCUGUGCCCCCACUUCACCCCGUGUGAAUUGGGGAGCACCCCCGCCCCCGGGGCAGCGAGUGCAACUGCAGAUGUGGCCAAAACUGGUUUUAAUAAAACACUGUGAUAUUUU